AAUGUUCCUGUCAAACUGUGUCCAGGCCUCUGAGGGCCCACAUCAGCAUGGUGAACAGCCAGGCGUCAGGCGUGCCACCAGCCCCCAGGUCGUGUGCUGGAUGUGGUGGAAAGAUCGCCGACCGCUUCCUGCUCUUCUCCAUGGAGCGGUACUGGCACACGCGCUGCCUCAAGUGCUCGUGCUGCCAGGCCCAGCUGGGGGACAUCGGCACGACCUGCUACAGCAAAGGAGGCAUGAUUCUGUGUCGAAGCGACUACAUCAGACUGUUUGCGACACAGCGGGCGUGCAGCGCCUGCGGUCAGUAUCCAGCCAACGAGAUGGUGAUGAGGGCGCAGGGAAAUGUUUACCACCUCAAGUGUUUCAGCUGUGCCACCUGUAGAAACAGACUCAUGCCUGGUGAUCGCUUCCAUUACAUCAAUGGUACAAUCUUCUGUGAGCACGACAGACCCGGCGCUGCCUUGCUAAACAGCCACCUGCCUCCACUUCAGAGCAGCUCUGUGCUGACAGACCAGAAGGUAUGCUGAGUGGCAGCAGUGCCGUCAUGUUCUCCUCCCGAGCUUCACCUCUCCUCAGUGCACUCCUCUCUCACUUCUGUCGACGUUGUUAAUGUGGACCCAAUCCCUCCCCAAUCCCUGUCAGCCGGCCACCUCUCUUCUCCCGGACAGAACGUCGUUUCUCAUUCAAGAUAUCCCGUUUCAGAUUCUUUAAUGCAUACAAAGUCCUGUUUCUGUUGUGUUCAAUGUUAAAGUGGUCUGUGCGUCAUGCAGAGACUUACAGUUUGUGUGGACUGCAUCGGCAAAAGGCUCCUUCUGGACUAAGAGAAGGCUUGAGGAAACGGUGACAAAGAAAGCAAGCAGCCACUAAGAAGGAACAAAAGAAGCUUGAUUUGCAUCUAAUGGACUGCUGUAAAUUGACUGUCAAAGCUUUGCUUAUGCCAUGUGGCACUGUUUCCCCUGAGCGUGUUUUUAAUGAACUCUUGAUCUCUCUCUUGUGUGUGUUAAUCUGGAGAUCCAGCACACUGACAACUGAAGAUAAAAAUGAUGACUGUCAGGCAAAAAAUGUUCAGUCAUAGGAAACCCCUUACAUGAGUUUACACAGCAGAAGCUUUUAGAAGCACGCAUGGAAAACAAAAACCUGUGGCUGUUAUCCACCAUGACUGCCCUAAACAAAAAGAAGUCAAAUGAUCCAGUGAGGGUUUGUUGUUUUUCUUCUGUAGAGUUUUAUUUCUUUAUCAGGUGCCUGUUAAAUGUAUGGGGAAAAAAGUGGAUUUAGAAACAACAGUCCUAUUAAAAACGGUUUGGCUCUAACAUGUUGCUGUCAUUCAGAAGCCCCUCGGCAGUUUUCCAGCGGCGUUGUGUAGCAUGGUAGCUGUUCCUGGCUCUCUCCUGCUCUUUAGCUCUAUAUGGUGAAAACAUGCCUGAUUACCCCAAGGAAUGGAAUUAGGGGGCUUGAGCUCUGACCAUUUACAGAAGCAAUUAAACAUGAGCCCUGUAUCUGUGCUGCUGGUGCUCCUGGGCGGCUGAACUUGGGGCAUAUCCUGUAGCUGACUGGCCCCGGUGGCUGCCUGCCUGCCUCCAAUAAAGCCUAAUCUGAAAGCAGGCUAAUUAAAGGGGAGUGUCCCCCUCUACAUCCAGGGCAUUUGAAACAAUCACAUGUAUUUAGUGUUUACCAUGUACCAAUUAAAGCUCGGCCUCUUUGUUCUCCUCCA